CAGAAACACCCUGCUGUCAAGUGUGUAGCUGACAGAGACUCUGUUGUGGAACUGAACUAGCUGGUAGUAUAGUAAAAUAACUGUAACAGUAUAGUAACUGUGAUAGUAAAGUAACUUUAACAGUAUAGUAACUGUGAUAGUAAAGUAACUAACAGUAUAGUAACUGUGAUAGUAAAGUAACUUUAACAGUAUAGUAACUGUGAUAGUAAAGUAACUUUAACAGUAUAGUAACUGUGGUAGUAAAGUAACUUUAACAGUAUAGUAACUGUGGUAGUAAAGUAACUUUAACAGUAUAGUAACUGAGGAGUAACUGUCCAGAAUGAAGAUACUCCAUGUUGUCUCCUGCUGUCUCCUCUCAGCUCUGUGUGUUGUGGUGUCAGCUGUCACUAAGGAAGUGGUAGGAGGACAAGUCACUGUGGGCUGCUCGUUCACUUUGGCAGGGAACAACAACAAAUACUUCUGCAAGGGGACAUGUUCUGGUGGAGACAUUCUGGUUGAAACUAAUGGUAGCAAGAAUGUAUCUCAAGGUAGAUACAGUAUAGAAGACAAGGGAGAUGGAGUCUUCUAUGUGACCAUCAAGAACCUGAGGAAGUCAGACUCUGGGACCUACUGGUGUGGAGUGGAGAGAUAUGGCCUAGACACAUACCAAGAGGAGCAUCUCACAGUUACAGAUGCUCCUCCCACUUCUACAACCUCACCUGUCACCUCCAGACCCCAUGUCUCCACAACCAUCCCAAACCUCUCUACAACAUCCUCUAACCUCUCCACAACCCUCCCAGACCUCUCUACAACAUCCCCAAACACCUCCUCAACCAUCCCAAACCUCUCUACAACAUCCCCAAACACCUCCUCAACCCUCCCAAACCACGUCAGUGGUCGCCUAUCAAGAGCUGGUCUGAUGGUGUGGACCAGUGCUGGUCUGCUAGUCAUGGUGACAGUGUUAGGACUGGUCCUGCUCCUGUUCUACAGACAGAGGAGAGGAACCAGGAGAACACCACCACCACCACCACCACCACCAGUCUCCUCCAACACACAACCCGACCCUACUGGAGAGGUUGACUGUGUGUACGAGGAGAUCAGAGAGGCAGACAGACAGACAGACACACUUCCUGUGGUCAUCUCUGUAGUCUACUCUACUGUCAAAUCACCUACCAACUCUACAACCCACCCUGCUGGCCAAGCCUCUACAACCUACCCUGCUGGCCAAGCCUCUACAACCUACCCUGCUGACCAAGCCUCUACAACCUACCCUGCUGACCAAGCCUCUACAACCUACCCUACUGACCAAGCCUCUACAACCUACCCUGCUGGCCAAGCCUCUACAACCUACCCUGCUGGCCAAGCCUCUACAACCUACCCUGCUGGCCAAGCCUCUACAACCUACCCUGCUGGCCAAGCCUCUACAACCUACCCUGCUGGCCGAGCCUCUACAACCUACCCUGCUGGCCAAGCCUCUACAACAUAACCUGCUGGCCAAGCCUCUACAACAUAACCUGCUGGCCAAGCCUCUACAACAUAACCUGCUGGCCAAGCCUCUACAACAUACCCUGCUGGCCGAGCCUCUACAACAUAACCUGCUGGCCGAGCCUCUACAACAUAACCUGCUGGCCAAGCCUCUAUAACAUAACCUGCUGGCCGAGCCUCUACAACAUAACCUGCUAGCUGAGCCUCUACAACAUAACCUGCUGGCCGAGCCACAGGUAGCCCACACUGUGAAGCCUUCGCUAACGAUGCUCUGUAAUCUACUCAUUGGUUGAACAACGUGUUACAAUAUUUUCAUGAAAGUUCUAUUAACUGAACAUUUUUCUUAACUGGCUGAUGAAGAUGAACAGUGAUGGCACACUGUGAUAUUUCACCUAAUAGAUGUGAUGGCACACUGUGAUAU